AUGGCUACCAUCGCGCCUCGCCAGUUCGCCCCGUUAAAGGAAGGAGUCGCGGCCAACUCAAACGCCCCUCGGCUAAAAGGCAUCGUCUUUGACGUCGAUGGAACGCUAUGUGAACCUCAAACGUACAUGUUCAAAGAGAUGCGCGAUGCCCUCAAAAUCACAAAAUCCGUCGACAUUCUCGACCACAUCUACGCCCUUCCGACCCCCGAAGCUCAGGAUACCGCCAUGGAGUCCAUCCGGCAGAUCGAGCGCACCGCAAUGGCGUCGCAAGUCGCACAACCGGGCCUCGUCGAGCUCAUGUCGUAUCUCGACAGUCGCGGCGUUCGCAAGGGCAUCUGCACCCGCAACUUCGAUGCCCCCGUCGCCCAUCUCCUUCGUAAUUUCCUAGAGGGCUCCGUCUUUGAGCCCAUCGUCACCCGCGACUUUCGCCCGCCGAAACCUGACCCGGCGGGCAUUCUGCACAUCGCAAGGAGCUGGGGGCUGCUCAAGGAGGCACCUGCCGUGGCCGAGAAUGGUAAUGCAGCGCAGGGGGAUGGAAGUGGAUUGAUCAUGGUUGGAGACUCGAUUGAUGACAUGACUGCCGGCCGGCGAGCUGGUGCUGCGACAGUGCUGCUUGCAAACGAUGUCAAUGUGCACUUGGUCGAUCACGAGCAUACAGAUCUGGUGAUUCGGCGUCUGGAUGAGUUGAUUCCAAUCCUUGAAGAAGGGUUUCGCAGUAGAGAGAUCGAAUCAUCGUGA